AUUAACUUAAUCCUAGCAGUUUCAAUCAACAUAAUACUCUCAUUAAUUUUAAUUCUAGUUGCCUUCUGGCUUCCCCAACUUAAUGUAUAUGCAGAAAAAGCAAGUCCCUAUGAAUGUGGUUUUGACCCCAUAAGCUCAGCUCGACUCCCUUUCUCUAUAAAAUUUUUUCUUGUAGCUAUUACAUUUCUUUUAUUUGACUUAGAAAUUGCUCUCCUCCUCCCCCUACCUUGAGCCAUACAAUCUACAAACCUUAAAACAACUCUAAUUAUCUCUACAAUAUUUCUAUCUAUUCUAGCGCUAGGCUUAGCCUAUGAAUGAAAACAAAAAGGCCUUGAAUGGACUGAAUAG